UUAUAUUGAAGAAAUUUUGAGUCGUGAACAGAAAAUCAGCAUUUCAACAAUGAAUUUCGGCGAAAACAUCCUCAAAAAGUUCGGAUGGAAAGAAGGAGAUAGUUUGGGAAAAAACAACAAUGGACUCACUGUGCCUAUCAAAGCGCACCGAAAAACGAAUCUCGCGGGUCUCGGCGCGAGCACGACAGAAGAAAUCACGGGCAAUAAUUGGUGGGAACGCGUCUACAACGAAGCCAGCGAAAAUUUAAACGUCGCAAAAUCAAAAAGUGGUCAAGUUACCGUCUCCCAAAAAGACGAAGACGGAGUUGAAAUCACAAACAAAAGUUAUUCCCUGAAAAAAUUGAAGGAAAAAACUCAGGAUCGCGAAACUUAUGGCGGGAAAUUUAUCAAAGCAGCAACUUUACUUGCUGACGUCGGAAAAGAGACCGAAAUCGAAGAUCACGUAAAAACGGAAGAUAUUCAAGUGAAACAGACCAAAACUUUAUCGGAUGCCGAGCUUUUUGCUGCUUGCGGAGGCUUGACAGCGCACAAAGGAGCACGUCACGGCUUGAAAUUAACCGGAAAAUUGAAUCGGCUGAAGGAACAAGACGAUGCGCUGCUCGCAAAACUUCAGGAACGCACAAAACCCGUCUCGGAAGGCAUUUUUCGUGAAAUUGCGCCAUCGGAUUUAAAGACGCCCGAAUGGCAAAAUGCAAAAAACAAGAAAAAACCCAAUUUUAACAUUUCAUCCAUCGAUGAUCAUCCAAAUUUGCAACCAGAUGAGCUCAUUGAUGUCCUCAACGUCGCCAAUUAUUCCAAAAAAUCGAAGAAAAAGAGCAAAAAAGAUCGAAAAACGGAACUGGAACUGAUCGAAAACUUCGAAUCUGUCUUCGGAAGUGACACAAAACCCGCGGAAGAGGAAAAAAACGUCGAUUCUGAUGGCGAUGUGAUCUGUGAUGACUCCAUAAAAAAAUCAAAAGUCGAAAAAUUGAGCGAAAAUUCAAAGGGAAUCACAAAAAAGAAGAAGAAAAAGGGCAAAAAAGGUAACAACGACUACCUUACUGAGAAAGCUCUUGAAAUGAUUGACUCAGGAAAUGAAGAAAUUGUCCAAGAAACCACGACAAGCAAGAAAAAGAAGAAGAAAAAGAAGAAUAAGCAACAAACUGAAGUCAAAACACCUGAAAUUCCUCAAGUACCGAAGAAACCAAUCAAAAUAAAGGCAGAUUCAGGUUCCGAAUCGGAUGGAAAUGAGGUCGACGUCAUCGAACGCAUCAACGAAGAGCAACAUCACCUUCGUAAAAAACGUAAAAUCGAAAGAACGGAAGACUUUUCAACGCAAUUCGAGCAGGAACACAAGAAAAAGUGCAAAAAAUUCAAAAACGACACCGACGACGACAACUGGAGCAUGAAAAAAUCCAAAAAGAAACCCAGCAAGGCUCAAAAAAAGAUGGAAAAGAAACUUUGUAAGAAGCUAGAAGAAACUUUGAAGUAA